AUUUUAAGCACUCAUGAGCAACACACGGGCUCUGGUGAGUUGCACAAUACUUUCUCUGCAAGACUCCUGUUUUGUAUAUCCAUGCUGCAAAGGCUGUCUAUCCAGAUUAAUUCAGGAAAGCAAAAGGGCUAUAUGUGGAAGAUGUGGAUUCACUUGUGACUUACAAAACGUGGACUACAGAUAUAGGCUGUCAUUUAAAGUGUCCAGAAACCAAGAUAUAUUUGGUGUGACAGUAUUCGGGGGCUGUUUAAAUCCCUUCUUUGGCAUUACUGCUGGUGGCCUUCAAAGAUUUAUUGAUUUGGAGAAAACUGAAGGUGCACAUACUGUUCAACAACUGCUUUUUAAAGCUGUGGAAGACUGCUUUAUAGGAAGAUGUGUCAUUUUUGGAUUGAAGGUUCCUCAUAAUGUUGCCAAAACUUAUUCGCUGUCUGGACAGUUAGUGGCCUGCCAGAUAAUUUCUCCAUGUGAGUCUUCGAUGGGAUGUACUGUAAUCGGUUAUUUAAAAAACCUCCUGCGAGCAAAUUCUCAUUCUGCCAACAGUAUCUGUCCAUCACAACAGAAAAACUCACAAAGUUCACAAAGAAAUGAGUUCAGCAGUUUUGAUUAUACUCCUCCAUCAUGUGCAAAGUUGGAUUCUCAAACCAGUAGUGAAGGAUUCACACUCUCAAGCACAUGGCAGUCACCAGGGUUAUGCUUCCCCCCUGAAGAAUUAAGUAAUGACUUGUUACAGCAGUCCAGAGACUGUAAUCAUAAUAUUCUUUCACCAAAGAAUGAAGAGACAAGAACAUGUAAAAGCACUAGCCAAAGCAACACCAGUCAGUUAAAGCAUGUUAAUUGUAUACAGGAUGAACUGAAGAAUGAAACACAGAACAGUCACAGAGAAUCUUUUCCCUCGAGCUGUGACAUGUUUGAAUCAUCAGCACAUUUCAACAGCUCUACUGCAUGUGACACUAUAAAUCCACUGAGCACUUUGUCCUGUGGAAAUAAUUCUGAAAUAAUCACAUCUGAACGCCUUGUAAGAGCUAAAACCGGGGAUGAAUAUGAUGCACCUUUACGUGAGAAGUCACUAUACAGUCAUUCUGGUCAAAAUAUAUGUUUUGAUUUAGAGGACGCACCUUUAUCUGAAAGUUUACAAGAUUUUGUCAGCAUUGAGCCUCAGAUAUCAGAGAUAAUUGACAGAAAGGAGCACAUUUCAGGUAAAAGUGAUCAAAUAAUUCAAGUGCAAAAUAGAUGCUCUCUGACUGAAAAUUCAGUGGUCACAAGCAUCUCAAAAACUCUACAAAUGCCUCUUUCUAGUGAAAAAUGGUCCUCACCAAUGUGCAAUGUGAACAACAUAAGCUGGAAAGAGAACAAUGAAAAUGACUGUCCAGAAAAUCUUGAAACUAAGAUGAACAAUGCUGAGAUCAGUAAGACUGUUUUGUGCAUUACCAAUUCUUCAAAAAAGAUGAUUCCUUUCAGUCCUGACAUUACAUGUGCAUUCAAUCGCUCUACAAAUGACAGGGCUAUAUGUGGAAGAUGUGGAUUCACUUGUGACUUACAAAACGUGGACUACAGAUAUAGGCUGUCAUUUAAAGUGUCCAGAAACCAAGAUAUAUUUGGUGUGACAGUAUUCGGGGGCUGUUUAAAUCCCUUCUUUGGCAUUACUGCUGGUGGCCUUCAAAGAUUUAUUGAUUUGGAGAAAACUGAAGGUGCACAUACUGUUCAACAACUGCUUUUUAAAGCUGUGGAAGACUGCUUUAUAGGAAGAUGUGUCAUUUUUGGAUUGAAGGUUCCUCAUAAUGUUGCCAAAACUUAUUCGCUGUCUGGACAGUUAGUGGCCUGCCAGAUCAUUUCUCCAUGUGAGUCUUCGAUGGGAUGUACUGUAAUCGGUUAUUUAAAAAACCUCCUGCGAGCAAAUUCUCAUUCUGCCAACAGUAUCUGUCCAUCACAACAGAAAAACUCACAAAGUUCACAAAGAAAUGAGUUCAGCAGUUUUGAUUAUACUCCUCCAUCAUGUGCAAAGUUGGAUUCUCAAACCAGUAGUGAAGGAUUCACACUCUCAAACGCAUGGCAGUCACCAGGGUUAUGCUUCCCCCCUGAAGAAUUAAGUAAUGACUUGUUACAGCAGUCCAGAGACUGUAAUCAUAAUAUUCUUUCACCAAAGAAUGAAGAGACAAGAACAUGUAAAAGCACUAGCCAAAGCAACACCAGUCAGUUAAAGCAUGUUAAUUGUAUACAGGAUGAACUGAAGAAUGAAACACAGAACAGUCACAGAGAAUCUUUUCCCUCGAGCUGUGACAUGUUUGAAUCAUCAGCACAUUUCAACAGCUCUACUGCAUGUGACACUAUAAAUCCACUGAGCACUUUGUCCUGUGGAAAUAAUUCUGAAAUAAUCACAUCUGAACGCCUUGUAAGAGCUAAAACCGGGGAUGAAUAUGAUGCACCUUUACGUGAGAAGUCACUAUACAGUCAUUCUGGUCAAAAUAUAUGUUUUGAUUUAGAGGACGCACCUUUAUCUGAAAGUUUACAAGAUUUUGUCAGCAUUGAGCCUCAGAUAUCAGAGAUAAUUGACAGAAAGGAGCACAUUUCAGGUAAAAGUGAUCAAAUAAUUCAAGUGCAAAAUAGAUGCUCUCUGACUGAAAAUUCAGUGGUCACAAGCAUCUCAAAAACUCUACAAAUGCCUCUUUCUAGUGAAAAAUGGUCCUCACCAAUGUGCAAUGUGAACAACAUAAGCUGGAAAGAGAACAAUGAAAAUGACUGUCCAGAAAAUCUUGAAACUAAGAUGAACAAUGCUGAGAUCAGUAAGACUGUUUUGUGCAUUACCAAUUCUUCAAAAAAGAUGAUUCCUUUCAGUCCUGACAUUACAUGUGCAUUCAAUCGCUCUACAAAUGACAGGUUGUCUUUUUCGAACAAAAAAGAACUCACUUUAAAAAGAAAAAAAUUAACUAGGAGCAGACCCUCUGUGGCCUUUUGUUCAGUAAACCAUGAAAAGGGCAAAUAUUUCAGGCACUGUGCUCAAAGUGAGGUUCAUUCUGUAAGUUGCAAAGUCAAGCAGGAAAGUAUUGUGUUUGAUGACCAUGAGGAGAAGUACAAUUGCUCUGCAGACUUGUUUGCUUCUGGUCAGAGCAGUAUGGACAUGAACCAUUCGGAUGUGACAGAGAUUUCUAAAGUCAAUGAACUGAGGAAUGUCAACACAUCAGAGCCUGGAGGUUCAGGUUCUCUGCUUUUUUCACCAUGUUUGCAAUCCACCCCAGUUUCUUAUUAUAGCAACUCAUGUGGACAGGAGACCAGGCAAGUUUAA